CGAUAAAGAACUGGGGAAGAACCGGUCCUUCUAGUGCGACUACUUACGUCUCGUUAUGUCGCAAAGGAAUCCCACAGCCAAUACAGUCUUUCAAGGCCGAGAAACCCUGAAGCUUUGUCCGGGCGACCAUUCUGACCGCAUUAAGCAUAUUCACAACCUCUCUAUCGCUCUCAAAACUCGUUUCGAGCAGGAUGGCCGGACAGAGGAUCUCGAAGAAGCAGUCAGUCUUGCGGAGGAGGCUGAAGCGCUCGCGAUAGCCAUCGAUCAUCCUUACUUACUCUGGUUUCACCACUGUGUCGUCAUUUCUGACCCAAGCAUUCCCAUUGCCGACAAGCUAUCUGCCUAUCCCAACGCGAGUGCUGAAGAGAGGUUUGAGGUAGCACUCGCAUUGGCCGAUAUGGCUCGCAUACAUAACACAUCUCUCGUUAUACGGGCAUACAAACUUGCCCUGACGCUCGUUGAGCGAGCGCUUAAUGUUCGCUUCACGAGCGAGUCCCAGCAUCGUUUCCUUUCACGGCCGGAUGUCCGUCAACUACCGUCUCGUGCAGCAUCAUGGGCUAUACAGCAUGGAGCACUGGAUACCGCGAUCGAGAUCCUCGAGCAGGGCCGGGGCCAAAUAUGGGCCAAGAUGCGAGAUACCACGUAUCCUUUAGGAGAGCUCCCUGCGAUAUCUGAGGAAUUGAUAGAUGCUUUCCGGGAAGUCUGUGUACAGCUGAUGCUUCUUUCCAUUGCCCCAAGCAACGAUAUUCUUGACGCGGAGACUAGACGCGAGUAUCGUCGUCUCAAAUUGGAACAAUGGGCUGACAUGCUGAAGAAGAUCAGACAGCUUGACGGAUUUCAGGACUUUCUCCACACCAAGCCGUUUAGCACUCUCCAGACGGCUGCGAGUGGCGGACCUGUUGUCUUCAUUAAUAUUGACAGUCAUCGCUCUGACGCGAUUAUCUUGUGCAGUGAGGGUGCACCUAGCUUAGUUCCCCUUUCACCGGACCUGCCGCAGACACUCUCCAGUAUCGUUGAGACACUGGAAGGUGUGAAAGAGAGCGCGCGGGGGAGCAGACCGUGGACUGAUGACGAGGAUGGACCCUCCAGCGCGCUACUCCAGAUUCUUCGUGUCCUGUGGGAGGACGUCUGCCAACCCGUCGUUGAGCAUUUACUUGCAACAGGAAUCGCGGAACAGUCUCGUAUAUGGUGGUGUCCAACGGGUGCACUUUUGUCAUUGCCUAUUCAUUCCGCAGGGCCGUAUAUCGAAGGAGAGAGAAAUUUGAUAGACAUCUUCGUCUCUUCCUAUACACCGACUUUGUCCGCUCUGAUUAGAGCUCGCGCGCCCGACCUGUCUACGAAAGAUGUCAAAGACCUCCCUGUGAAAGGCGUGAAGCUACUUGCCCUCGGUCAGUCCAAUACCUUGCCCCAGGUCAAAUUGGAGUUUGAGGAACUUCGAAAUAUAUUUGCUGAUGCAGCAAACCUGUUAGACGGCCAAGAAUCUAAACCCGACGUGUUUACAACAGGCGCAUCAACUGAAGGCUGGUUACAUUUUGCAUGCCACGGCUUUUUGAACACAGAAAAACCUUUAGAGUCGUACUUUGCCUUGCACGGCGGAAGUCUGUCUGUGAAAGAGAUUAUGGCAGGUGCCACUGCCUCAUCCGGGGAGCUGGCGUUUCUGGCUGCCUGCCAUAGUGGCACGGGCGAAUCUGAACUAGCUCCAGAUGAGAUGAUAAGCCUUGCUGCUGUGAUCCAGACUAUCGGCUAUCGCUGUGUCAUUGCAACCCUGUGGACAAUGGCAGAUGUAGAUGGACCAGUCCUCGCUCGAGAAUUCUAUGGCUAUUUACUGCGACGUGGCAUUGCAAAUGCUGAUUUCCAGGAAUCAGCUAUGGCAUUACAUGUCGCAGUCAAAGCCAUGCGGAAUGAAGGUGUCCCCGUUGAACGUUGGAGUACGUUCAUCCAUAUUGGCAUCUGAUGCAUCGCCAAAAGAAACUCUGACAGUAGUUCUAUAAGAAUGAUAGUAAGAAUAUUAUCUAUAGAAAGCGUGAAGGGUAGGAAUCGCCCUUGUUUUCUCCAGUUCUCAGGGCAGAAGAGAAGUGUGCAGAGCAGUAGACGAGGCCCAAUAAUACCACG